AUGGUCCUUAUUUCCAGUGCCAGAUCUGGUUUUUCACCUCCUUCCCUCUCGGCCGCUGCUUCCAUGCUUCGUCUUGCUUCUGUGGAGUUUGCUUGGGUUCUGGUUCUUCUCCGGUUCGAUCUUUCACCUUCUGAACUUGGUGUUAUCCGGGAAGGGAAGCUUCAAACCUCUGCUACCGUAGUCUGUGACCGUUCUCUGGCCACUGAGGGCAUUUACGGUGAGGGUGAAUUUUCUAUGAAGGUUCUCAAGAAGUUUGAAGCAGGUCUUGAUAUCGUUUUAGUUGGAGUUGGUGCGGUUCUUCGUUUCGGUUUAUCCUCUUAG